AUGAGACAUAAGCAGACGUCCAGCAGACAUAGACAAUUAAGUAGACAUCCAGCUGUCAUAGAGAGAGAACAAAUAACUAGUACAUCAGCAGAAGAAUAUGUGAACUAUGUAACUAACUGUUCAGUUCCAAAGUCAAUGACACUUGACGAGAUUAAAAAAGUAACCCAUAACGAUCCAGUAUUACAAAAAGUGAAGAAAUGUCCGAAAGAGGGAAAAUGGGAUGAGAACGAUCCUGAUCUUAAACCGUUUAGACUUUGCGCCGACGAACUUACGUACAAUGCAUCACCAG